AUGCUCUUCGGUUCCGUUCAUCUGGGUGUCGGCGCCCUUCUCGUUGCCGGCACUUUCGCUGGUGAUGACAAGUGGCUCAGCCCCGUCUAUCAGAAUCUAUAUUCAGUCCCACUCCCUACACCCCCGAUCAAGCAGAAGAAAGCAACCUUCACCAACCCCAAGACGGGUGGCGCCAUCGACUACUACGAGGUCACCAUCAGCCCGCUUCAGCAGCAAGUCUACCCCGGCCUUGGGAAAGCGAACCUGGUCGGCUACGAUGGAAUCUCGCCUGGCCCCACCUUCAAGAUUGACAGGGGAACCGAGACUGUCGUCCGCUUCAUCAACCGGAGCGGUGGGCUUGCAAACAGUGUCCAUCUGCACGGCUCUCCCUCUUAUGCACCAUUCGACGGCUGGGCAGAGGAUACCACCGAUCCAGGCUCCUACAAAGAUUACUAUUGGCCCAACAUGCAGCGAGCCAGGACUUUGUGGUACCACGACCAUGCGGUUUUCCAUACGGCCGAAAAUGCAUACUUUGGCAAUGGUAGAGGGGGGUGA